AUGAUAGGAAGACCCCCAUUUUCAUCAACUAUAUUAGAAUAUCGGGGAAAAGUAUUUUCAAUUGGUGGAGAUAGUGAAGAAUAUACUAUACCUAAUUUUUUGUCCAAAUAUAACCAAGAAAUUAAAGGGUCGCCUAUAGGAUAUACAAUACCUCUUUCAAGAGGAAAAAAGUUAAAUAAUGCGAUUAGUGGUGCUAAAAGUCAAGAAAUAAAUCAACAAGUAACUCGUUUGGUUAGAUUAUUAAAUACAGCAGAAUACAAGCCAAUAAAAGAUGAAUGGAAGUUGAUUACAAUCUUUAUUGGAGCAAAUAAUGUAUGUGUAUUAUGUGAGCCACCUAUAACAAAAUUACCAAGUUUAGCAAAUGCAGAUAUAUUUGAAGCAAACCUUAGACAUGUAUUGGAAAGAAUAAGAAAUGAAGUUAAGAAAUCAUUUGUAAACCUUGUAGGACUAUUUAAUGUUUCUAGUGUAUAUGAAGCAUCAAGAGGUGAUCCUUAUUGUGAAUUUGUCUUGGAUCCAUCACAUAUGGUCAUAUGUUCGUGUAUACAAGGCAAUGAGAAGCAACGUAGAGGUUAG